AUGCAGGGGUGGGAAGCUGCCCGCGAGGCGCGUCCGAUUGCUAACUUUAUCGAUCUCGGUCCAAACCGCUCGAAGAUUGAAGGCGGUGCCACCGUGGCCGCCGUUGUCGUGGUAGAGAACCUGCUGUUUGACAUGAGUGCCAAAGUCAACGUGGGUUUGAUUACGGCGUUGGAGAAGGCGGGGUUGAUGGAGGGCAACCCUACCGCCCUGUGCCCGUACGGGAAGUCGACCAAGCCGGUCAGGCUAUCCCGUCGCUUACGCCCGAGUGUAGCGCUCAUGACGACGUGUGGUCCUCUCCAACUGCGUGGCGUGCCCGUGUGGGUCGUCGACGAGGCGGACGUUAAUGUGGCGCUGAUAAUCAGCCGUCCUGUGAUGGAGUCCUUGGGAUUCUUUACAGGCGUGCUGUUCGUGAAGGCGCGGUCUCUCAAACCUGAGUGGGACAUGUCCGACGGCGAGUCCUUGCCGUCUGCCGAAGUCGCUGUGAAUCGGGUGUCCGCAUUGACCCGGACGUUGACCCCGAGGCCGGGAAGGAGUGCUCUACCCCUGCGCUAG